AAAGAAAAACCUUUACCUUCUCUGAUCUCUUUCAUUCAAAAAGCUGGGUUUUUUGCAGACACCCAAAUUCCAUAACCUUGUUUUUCGCUUGGUUUUUGCAGUGAAGUUGAUGUUUUUGAAUCACAGAGAAGAAAUUAAGAGUAGCUCUCAAUUUCCAUAUGUUGUAUGGUCGGAGGUAUCGUGAUCCGAGGCUAACCGAUGAUAAAACAUGAAACUCGAUAAUGAACAAGCGAUUCGCCAUUCAACUAUAGUAGGAUAUAAUAGUGACUCGAAGCCUUAUUCCUUGGUAUCUUUUGAGAACAAAGCAAAGCCUUUGGAUUCCACUGGACUGAGCGUAGAUGAAAUCGUGAAAGAAAAUCGGAAUGGAACCGUGCCUGAUGAAAAGGGUGAUGGUCGGGAUUCAGAUUUCUCACGAUAUUCGGAGAAUACACAGGAUGAAUUGACAGCAUCGGAACUCGACUGCUUUAACAGUGCACAUGACUUUGCCAAUGGUAAUGAAAAGGAGGUCAGAGAUUUUGUGACACCGAAUUCUCAUUCUUCGGAGAAUAAGGAUUCGUUUCAGGACUCGUUUUUUUAUUUCGACAAAAGUGUAAUGGAAUGUCAAUUGCCUGGAUUGGUAGUUUGUUAUAAUGAGAGCACAUAUCAUGUUGUCAAGGACAUUUGUAUUGAUGAUGGAGUUCCGACACAAGGUAAGUUCUUGUUUGACACUGGUGUGAUUGAGAAGAGUGGCUGCUACUUUCCGCAAUCCGAAAACAAUCAAGAUAGUAAACUGAUGAAAGAGAGGUCGGAGAUCGAUAUGCCCAUGCAAGAUGUUUCCUUCUCUCCGGAAGGAAAUCAGUCUGGGAAAGACAUCAACAAUGAUUGUGGCUCUAAUAAAAAGCAGGAUACCGGCACACGUAUGCAAGAUGUUCCCGUAUCUCUUGAAGAAAACGAGUCUAACGAGGGGAUUCCGAAUCAAUCUGAUUCUAAGGAUUUGACGAUGACAAUGGAAAUGAAGGAUGGUGAGACGAAAAUGAUCACGGAUGAUGUCUUGAAAGAGUUGUUUACCCAAGGAGAUAUACUUUUGAUGCCUGAAUCAACCACGGUGAAACCCGAAGCCAUUUCUACAAAUCGUGUAAGUGAUGGAAUGGAACAACAGUCCUUCAAGAACGAGAGUAAAAAAGAAGUCAUAAUUGUUUCUGCGGUUGAAGAAUCGAACAAUCCAAGCGAAGAGUCAAGUCUUUCAGCUCCUGCUUUGGUCUCUGCUGCCGAAGAAUCCAACUGCGGGAAAACGGAUGCUAUGCCGAUCAGUCCUGCUCGGGCGUGUGCUUCAGAGGAAGCAUCCAGGAGCAGCCUUGUCAAGCAAGUAUCUGAUGAUAACAACCUGGAAACUGGAACCAUCACAUCCGACUCCGGUUCUUCUGCACCAACAACCAGCAAAGAUGAUCGUGAACCUCUCAAGACCGGAAGAGCUCCCGAAGAUGCAGCUGAUCCGCCUUUUUCAAACUAUCUCCAACACGGAUACGGAGAGUCUAGUUUCUCUGCAGCAGGGCCUGUAACAGGUCUAGUAAGUUACUCUGGCCCGAUAGCAUAUUCAGGCAACCUCUCCCAUAGAUCGGACAGCAGCACGACAAGCACUCGCUCUUUCGCCUUCCCCAUAUUGCAGUCCGAAUGGAAUAGCAGUCCAGUACGAAUGGUGAAAGCCGACCGGAGACAAUAUCGGAAGCACCGCGGUUGGAGGCAUAGCUUUCUUUGCUGUAAAUUCUGAAAAGAAGAGGAAAAUAAAGUUCAAUACCAUCCUUAGGUUAUAUACAAAUAUAUUAUUUUUGCUUAUCAAAGUUAUAUACAAUAAAUCAUCCCCUUUUACCUCGCUUGG